CACAGAGUGUCAGGAGGAUAAAAAGACAGGCUGGCUUCGUCCAUCCCCCUCCCUUUCGCUGGCAGCCAACUCCUCAACGCUCACCUUCUCUCCCCCUCGCAACAACAGUCAGCCAUGACUAUCGCUACUCGUGCUUCGCACUUCGCCCACCUCGACGAGGCCAAGCUUGGCUGGUUCCAUAUUCGCUCCAUCCUCGUCGCCGGUGCUGGUUUCUUCGGUGAUGCGUAUGACAUCUUCGUCAUCGGUCUGGCUCUGCCCAUGAUCUAUCGGGUCUACUACCCACCAGCGGACCCAACAAAAGGCUCCACUUUCAACGCAACAGUCCACAACAGCAUUCACAUCGACGCACUCCUGAAGGCCUCUACCAACUGGGGUAACUUGGUCGGGCAACUUUCGUUCGGAUACCUCGGUGACAAGCUCGGUCGUAAGAAGGUCUACGGUGUCGAAAUCAUCAUCAUGAUGGUUGCUAUUCUCGGAUCUACCCUCGCUUGCUCCACCGUCCGCGGUAUGGGCGUCCUUACCAUGCUCGGUCUGUGGCGUUUCGUCCUCGGAAUCGGAAUCGGUGGCGACUACCCGAUGUCCGCUACCAUCACCUCCGAAUUCGCCCAAGUUCGCUACCGUGGUAUGAUGGUCGCAGCCGUCUUUGCCAUGCAGGGUAUCGGAAUCUUGAUCGGUGGUCUUGUCACCCUUGCCGCCCUCGCCGCCUUCAAGUCUCUUCUCGUUGACGACAUCCUGUACCUCGACUACGUGUGGAGGAUCAUGUUGGGUUUCGGAAUCGUUCCUUGCCUCGCCACCGUGUACUUCCGUCUCACCAUGCCCGAGUCCCCUCGUUUCGAUGUGCACGUCCGCAACGACGUUGAGGCCGCUCACCGCGACAUCAACAAGAUCAGCAAGGUCAACGGCACCACCAACAACACCGUCAACACCGUCGGCGAGGAGUCUAACAAGGACACCACCGAAUCCCACGCUGUCGUUUCCCACAACAGCAACCGCGCACCCGAAAUCGGAUUCAAGGAAUACUUCUCUAAGCGCAAGAACUUCUUGGUCCUCUUCGGAACUGCCUACUGCUGGUUCGCUCUCGACAUUGCAUGGUACGGUCUCACCCUCAACACACCCCGUGUCCUCACCAUCAUCAACUACGACGGUGCGGGCAAGUCCCAGUACGACUCAUUUUUCUCCAAGGCCGUCGGUAACAUCAUCAUCGCCUGUAUGGGUACCGUGCCCGGUUACUGGGUCACCGUCGCCCUAAUUGAGAAGUGGGGACGCAAGCCCAUCCAGUUCCUCGGGUUCGGAGUCAUCACCGUCAUUCUCGUCAUUAUCUCUGCGCUGUGGAACCAGAUUCUGCAAAAGGACGAGACGGGAGUGUUCAGCCAAUCCUCCCGCAUCAUCUUCAUCUUCCUCUACACGGUUGCCCAGUUCUUCUUCAACUUCGGGCCCAACUCAACCACCUUCGUCCUCCCCGCUGAGGUCUUCCCCACCCGCUUCCGUGCCCGUGCCCACGGUAUCUCCGCCGCGUGCGGAAAGGUCGGCGCCAUCCUCGGUAUCCAAGCCGUUGGACCCUACUUUGAAGAGGCCCCUCGUGUCGUCAUCGGUGUCUUUGCCAUCGUCAUGGCCACCGGUGGUAUCGCUACGUUCUUGGUGCCCGAGACCAAGGGCAAGACCCUCGAGGAGCUCACCGACGAGUCUGAGGACGAGACCUACGAGAUCCCUGAGCAGAACAACGCGAACAACGCCGUCCACCACGACCAACUUCGCGCCAACUAGACUGCACACACACAUUGUCUUGUCCCCAUAUAUCCCCCACGCCCUCAUUUCUUGUACAUUAUCUUAUUUAAUGCUCUUUGCACACAACAACACUAGCGUAGUAGUAUAUUCCCGUUGGCGGUUUUCAUACCUCAGCACAUUAGAAGGCGGACUUUGGGGAUUGUAUAGUAUUUCAAUCCGCCUGCCUUCAUCACCUUGCGCGGCGGACUCUUUGUUCCUCACUUUGGGUGGUUCUUGUACAUGAUAAUACACUGGAUUGUUUCUCAUGCCAC